AUAAUGGAAAAUCAGUAAAAAAAAAUUAAUAAAAAGAUUUUAAAUUCAGCUAAAAUAAUAUCAGUUCAAUACAAAAAAAAUUAAUUCAGCCAAAAUAAGGUGAAAUAAAUCGGAUCUAAUACUCAAAUAUCGAAACGGGCCCGAUUGGGCUAAUACAUACUGGGGAAAUUUGUGUUCUUUCCAAUUGUAGGCUUGUAGCAUUUGCGGAAGGGAAACACAUUACACACGUAUUGAUGAAUUAUUAAUUUUUAAAAAUAAAUUAGUCGUUGUAGAAAUAAUUAUCAAAUAACUCCAAAAUAACCCCACAUUAUAAAAUGCUACCUUCACCUCAAAUCCUCACUCAUUCUCUCUCUUCAAACCAUUUUUCCUCAACGAACUUUAUUAUUUCCUUAUUAUUAUAACCUCUUAUCAUAUAUCCUUUCUUUCUUCAAUGGAGUUCUCUACUUUUCCCUCAUUUUUCUUCUUAAUUUCCUCCAUUUUUAUUUUCCUUCUUUUUUCUUAUUACAUUAUCUCCAAAAAAUACAUCAACCCUUGGUGUAAAUGUGAGAUUUGUCAAUCUUUCGUAACUUCGAGUUGGAGGGAAAAAUUCACAAAUCUUCCAGAUUGGUAUGCACAUCUCUUACAAAACUCUCCCACAAAAACGAUCCAUAUUCAUAUCCUAAACAACACUAUUAUCGCUGACCCGAAGAAUGUGGAGCACAUUCUUCGGGCCAAGUUCGAUAACUACCCCAAGGGUAAGCCGAUGUCGGCUAUCCUUGGGGACUUGCUAGGAAAGGGGAUAUUUAUAGUUGAUGGAGAACACUGGAAGUUCCAACGAAAGAUCGCCAGCCUCGAGCUAGGCUCGGUCUCGGUCCGAGCCUACGCUCAUGAGGUCCUCAAUAACGUCAUCGAGGACCGCCUUUUUCCCGCCUUAUUGGGUUCACCAGUGGUAGACUUGCAAGACGUAUUAAAGAAAUUUUCAUUCGUUAAUAUUUGUAAGUUUUCGUUCGGGGUUGACCCGGCGGGCCUGGACGGGCUUGCGGAGGCUUUUGAUGUUGCUUCUAUGAUAUCUUCGGAGCGGGCCCUUUGCCGGACCUCGCUCAUUUGGCGGGCCAAGCGGGUGUUGAACAUCGGGUCGGAGAGGAAGCUUAAGGGCGCGAUUUCGAAAGUCAAUUAUCUAGCUGAGAGUAUCAUAAGGGAGAGGAGGAAAAAGGAGUUCAACAACAAAAGUGACUUGUUAUCAAGGUUUAUGGGGAGUGUUUCGGAUGAUAAGUAUUUAAGGGACAUUGUGGUUAGUUUUCUCCUAGCGGGCCGGGACACGGUGGCUUCGGGCCUUACGGUAUUUUUCUACCUUAUGGCCCGAAACCCAAGUGCCGAAGCCCGGAUACUCGAGGAGAGUAACCGGGUUUUAGGUCGACGGUCGUCGUCUAGCCUCACCAUUCCUUCCAUGGAGGAACUAAGGAAAAUGCAUUAUCUCCAAGGGGCGGUAUAUGAGACAUUGAGAUUGUACCCACCGGUCCAAAUGGACUCCAAGUUUGCUAAAAACGACGACGUUUUGCCCGAUGGGACUUACGUCAAGAAGGGUACCCGGGUGGCAUACCACCCGUAUGCAAUGGGUCGUAUGGAGACAAUAUGGGGACCGGAUUGUUUAGAGUUCAAGCCUGAAAGAUGGUUAAACAACGAAGGGGUUUUCGUGCCAGAAAAUCCAUAUAGGUACCCGGUAUUUCAAGCCGGGGUUAGGCCUUGUUUGGGAAAGGAUAUGGGGUUAUUGGCUAUGAAGGUAGUAGCCCUUGCUGUUGUGAGACAGUUUCAUAUAAAACUGGCUAAUCCGAGUUGGGCCCCACAAUUCGUCCCUGGUCUUACAGCCACCCUAAAAGGUGGCAUGCCGGUAGUCGUGACGGAACGCUUAGUUUAAGGAGACAAAUUAAUGAUUGAUACUAAAUUAUUACGAACGAAUCACUGCCAUGAACGAAGGAGAUCUUGAAGACAUCGAUCAUUGCGUGGCGAGUUAUAAUUAAUUGCACAGCACAUGCAAGUAAUUAGUGUAAGUUAAACAAAGGUAAGUGCUUAGGUAACACAUAAUAUACAAACUAGUAUUAUUUGAACAAGCAUAUAUCUAUAUAUAUAUAU